UGCUGGAAGUAGUGGAAUAGGUGUCGGAGGCGGCGUUAACCCUGGACUCAACUCGAUGAAUCCCAUGAGCGGAAUGGGAGGCCUCAACCCGACGCAGCUUCUGCAAUCACAGCAUCAACGUGACCGCGACCAGAUGUCCGCUUUACAACAAUCUCACAUGCAGCAGCAACAGCAGCAUAGUGGCGGCUCUAGCAUGGGCUUGGGAGGUGGUGGUUUUGGGAUGAACAACAUGAAUGGUAUGGGCGGUAUGAACAAUAUGGGUAUGAGCAACAAUUAUGGGCCGAUAAAUCCCACCGGCAUGUCUUCUUCUCCUGCUUCGUCGUCCAUGGGAAUGGGUAUGAUGGGAGGUGAAGCGACUCAGAGAAGUGGUCCUAUGGGUAACCUAGGUAUGAUGGGCUCGCAAAACCAUCUUGGUAUUCAGCAACCACCUAAUUCUAUGAAUUCUCAUUCCUCUCCAUCCAACACACCGCACAAUCCCAUGUCACAUUCCUCCAACCCGAAUCUCUCUUCGAGCUCCGGUUUAGGCCCAAACAUACCUCCACAAAUGCUUCAUGCGAUGGGCAUCUCCCCCCAGAGAUUCCAAGCGAUGUCACCGCAGGAGAAAGCCAUGGUAGCACAGAAGGCAGCUCUCGCUUUCAGGAACAACUCGAAUGCGAAUGGUCAUCCUCAACAAAAUCCUUCCUCACCAUCUUCUUCUGGCCCCCAUGGUAUGCAUGGGCAGAGCAAUCCACCUUCAUCAGGUACGGGCUACUAUGAUCGUGAUGGGCUCCAGCCGCGAGAUCAGGGCCGUGUGUUUGGUGAGCAACAAAGGCCAUCCGCAAUUCAUGGUGGAUCAGGUACUCCGGGCAUGGAAUCGCUCGGGAGACCAGGGAGCUCUACUGGUCUCGCUGGGUUUCCUGGUGACAUGAUUGGGAUGGGUGGAGGGAUGGGUAAUAUGAUGCCGCCUCCGCCAAGACCUUCAACCGCAAUGAGCAAUAGGUCUGCCUCUGGAAUGGGCUUAUCUACUGCGCCGUCGAACAUGGGCAUGAACAACAUGGCUGGGAUGAACAUGAACAACGGCAUGAAUGGUGUUAAUAGUAUGGGAAACAUGAAUGGAAUGGGUAACAUGUCGGGAAUGAGCUUGGGCAAUAACAUGAACAACAUGAAUAUGGCGUCAGGAUUGUCACGUCCCGGUACCGCCAUGGGGAUGCGCACAGGAAACAUGAACGGCAUGAACAUGAAUACGAACCCAAUGGGUAUGAGCAUGGGCAUGAAUCAUCCGGGAAUGAAUUUGAACAUGCCUCGCAACUCAUCUAAUUUACCGUCUGUUGGCGGCGGUACCACUGGUCCAAGCGGCGCUCCAGGAUCACCAGGUCCGGGCAGCGGUGGAAUGCGUCCUCCUAGUAGGGCGAUGAGCGUUUCCUCUAACGGAGGGCGCAUUGGGAACGACGGUCCUAUUGUCAAUGGUUAUCCCAUGCCACCCAGCACCCCGAAGCAUCCUCAAACCCCAGGAACACCGCAAAUGGGACAUGGUCUCCUCCAGCAUCAGCUACCUGGUUCAUCAUCGUCGCUACCUUCGACGCCAUACCCGCAUCCUCAGCAUUUACACCAAGUCAGUCCUCCUCCUAAUCGGCCCCCUUCCGCUGCUCCUGGCUCACCCAGUAUGAAUGGCGCGGCUUUAGCACGGCGUGGUUCUCCAAUGUCAGCUCAGCCCGGCAUGGGUAUAAAUGCCGGUGGCCGUGGGACACCGAAUCCACUGAAGAGAAAAGCGUCGGGGUUAGAGUCUCCGAAAGUGGGUCCGCCAAGCGGAACCUCGCCCGAAGCAAUGGAACGCCCGGGAUCAGCUAUGCAAAAUGGUAUUAGUGGCAAAGCUUCAUUCAACAAUAUGAAUAUUGGGAUGGAGAUGACUAGACCUGGAACAGCUUCGGGCUUCUCCCCGCCUGCUUCUGGUGGUCCGAGACCGCAGCGUGAAAGCACCUCGAGUAGUGGUCCUCCUCUGCUCACUCCUUCGGACUCCCUUCUUCCUUUGAACAAUUCUUCGCACAAGGAUGAAUCAAACCCUUUCAGCAUAUCGAGGCCUACCGGAUCCAUACCUCCCAAUUCGUCGGUCAAUAUCCCGACGGAAAUAUCUGGGACUACCGCCACUUCUCAGGCUGCCGCGGGACUAGUGUCUAGUAACAAUCUGAAUGGACCUGUGAAAGUGGUCCCGAAGCUUCCACCUCUCCCCGCAAAUGUUAACCUGAAUCCGCUCGUUACGGAAGUCAAAAUCGUUCCCGUUGCUGGUUCGGAUAAAACUAUCCCUCUGCUUACUUCAGAUGAAAUCGAGGACAUUAAGCGAUGGCAAAAAGUUGAUUCCACCUACGAGGAAAUGUACAAAGCCAUGAGGGAGAAGAUGGAAUUGGAGUUGAAAGGAGACCCAAGAGCACUUCCUCGGGAUUUUCUGGCGUUGCUAGAUGCUGGUGAGUUUGGAGGUUUAGGUGGGAAGGGAGGCGUUUUAGGCAAUGCGAGCAUCAAAUGGUGGGAGAAAGGGUCAUAUAGUGUAAAUCCCGGUGCCAGAUUCAGACAAAGAAGAGAGGGUUUCGAUAUCAAGUAUCCCGGCAAAAGUAGAAGGGAAAGUCACGGAAGGAGCAAGAAGGGUAUAAAGAGGGAGGGUUUCCGAUUGCCUCGUCGUUUGAGUAUCGAAGAAGCAAAUCGGCCUGAACAGCUAGUGCCUAUUCGCCUUGAGUUUGAUGUCGACCACCACAAAUAUCGAGACACCUUCGUAUGGAACUUGAACGAUCCACUUGCUACACCGGAAAUUUUUGCGCAGUCCGUUGUGGAGGAUUACCAACUUGCGCCUUCUUAUCACUCUACAAUCGUCAAAAAUAUCCAAGAGCAGCUUAGCGACUACAAGGCUCAUUCAGCUCUGUAUGACGGGGAAGGUGGCGAGUAUCUUGGCGAUGACAAUGACCCCGCAGCAGUCGAAAAAGGUGUCCUAAACGAAGAAGAUGCCACUUUUUGGGAAAACUGGCGCAAACGACUGAGAACUGAAUAUGGCUUUGUCAAGGCCGGACACGAUUUGAAAGCCAAACGAAAGCGAAAGGUUCCUGGUGUCAAAGAAGAACCUGCAGAAGACGCUGAUAUUGAAGACGCGGCUGACCCUGAUUCGCUUCCGGACGAGAAAUCGAUGGCCGUGGAGGAAUUCGAAUUUGACGAAGCCAAGAUGACUGAGGACAUGAGAAUUGUGAUCAAGCUUGACAUCAUUGUUGGAUCAAUGAAGUUGGACGAUCAGUUUGAAUGGGACAUCGACAAUGUCAGGGCGUCACCAGAACAGUUUGCUGAAAUAUACACGAGAGACCUUGGACUGAGUGGUGAAUUCCGUUCGGCCAUUGCUCAUUCUAUCAGGGAACAAGUCCAAACAUAUCACAAGUCGUUAUUUCUCGUUGGGCGUCCAUCGGACGGGUCUUACAUUCAAGAUGAAGAGUUGCGUUCAGCAUUCCUGCCUAGCCUUGCUGAAGGCGCCCGCGCCAUGGAUCAAGUUCAAUUUUUCACACCCCUACUCAAUUACCUCAGCGAUGGAGAGAUCGAGAGAAAUGAGAAGGAGCGUGAUAAAGAUGUCAACAGACGACGAAAGCGGAACACGAGAGGACGGAGAGGUGUUAAUCUGCCUGAUCGAGAACCCAUCAGGACUCAUCGCACGCCUGCUAUUGGUUUCCCCGAACUCGAUGCCGCCACGCUCGCGCUCGCCGCUGCCGCAAAUGCUCCUGUGUCUCGUAGAGCUGCUGCUGCUGCUGCCUCACUUACCAUAGCCAAUAUGGUCGCAUCGGAAAAUGGAACUCCGCUUACCCCUUUGUCACUUCCCGCAGUCCCUCAACCCGCUGCAACCGCGGUCGUCAAGGAGAAGAAAGUCAAAGGUCUAUUCAAAGCACCGCAGAUUCCUCCUUCAGUUUUCCGCCCUCGCGCCAAGGUCACCGCUCCCACGCCUUCGACAGCGGCUGAUAUAUCAAGUCUUCCUGCACCGCUGGAGAAUGAUCCUCCUCCCUCCAUCAAUACACCUGACAGAAGAUUCUUAAGGCCGCUUUCAACUAGAAAACCAAAAGAUAGUGAGCGGGAAGCAAAGGAAAAAGAGUAUGCAGAAGGCCAGCAUGCUAAUUACAUCGAUGGCGUCUGGCACUGCUCUAAUUGUGGAUGCCCAGAAAGCAUCGCAGUAGGACGCCGGAAAGGUCCACUGGGCAAUAAAUCGCAAUGCGGGGAUUGUGGCAGGUUCUGGCAUAGACAUAGACGGCCACGUCCAUGUACAUAUAAUACGGAUGCGGAAUACCACAACAAUAUGUCGAAGAAGAAAGGACCGGCGGCAACGCUGCGUGCCCAAGAUAGUUCCGUAUCGACUCCUGCAGACGAUUCAUCCGCACCGCCGACGCCUGCACGCGAUCGGAAGAAAGAAAGCUCAGAGGCUCCCUCCAGACAGUCUCCUCCUGCUUCUGGCCGCGCAGCCCGGGAAGUGGACAGAGUGAUGUCUCCGAUCUCUUCAAGUUCUAGCGCUUCCGAGCCACCUCUUUCUCAAAGGGUCAAAUUAACGAACGGAGUAACCGCAUCUCCUCGUAAGAGCCCUUCUCCUUCAAGAACCUCGAAGCCGGCAGAUAUGGAGGAGUCGAGGAAAGAUUCUGCGAAAAUCGAUUCGUUGACGUCUUCCCCUCCCCGGACAACCGCGCAAAGUCCUCCUACAUCGCCAGCUAAAUCCUGGCCCCCUUCGUGGCUCACCACUACCAUGCAUAGUACCCAAACAAAAUAUCCUAAUGAUAAAUUUGAUGUUGUGUGGCGGAAAGUCGGUGAAGGUUCAGAAUGGCGUAUCAAGUGUGUAGACUGCCCUGGAAAAUUGUACAAACCAGGUCCAGGGGAGACUUUGUCGAAUUUCGAAGUGCAUCUAAAGAAUCGGCAGCAUCGUCAACGUGUAGAUGACCGCGUUGGCAAAUAACAUUUUCUCGAUACCCUUUCUUGCUUAUAAUCACUACUAUCUCUCUCAUUUUUCCUUUUUUCCCCUACCUUGUUGUGUCCUCUCAGCUCCGCUAUUACUACUGUUUUGUAUCGUUAUGUUAGUUAUACUGUUUCCAGUAUGCGAUUUACGGGUUUGGCAUGAAUCAAAAAUUUU